CCAAACCUAACCUUACUAUCUUUUAUCGUUCUUGAGCAGCCAUCACUGAUUGAUAAAUUAUCAACUUCAGCCAACAAAUCCAAUGGAAAGACCGCCAUUUUGAAUUUCUCAAAUGACAAAAGCUCAAGUUUCAAAUGACAACAAACAACGCGCCAGAAUAUUCCUGCAUGCUGAUUGGACAAUUACUGAGUAUUAACCACGUUAUGGCAUCUCAUAUUCUCAUAGUCACAGUCUGUGCCUUAUUCUGUGCCAAAGGAUCAUUCAUGAGAUCAUUAUUUGAGACCUAUUUCUGCUAUGAUUUGGCUGGCUAAUGUUUGGAAUAGAUUUGGUGGACCUUUUAAAUCUCAGCAGUCAAUUUUAAAGUUUGCAAGAUGUGGUUAUUUGGGACAUGUUUCCACAGAACAUCACAAUACCAACAUCAAACCUGACCCUUAUAAAUAUGAUGGCACAUGUUCACCAAGUUUUCCAAAUAAUACAACAUCCACCGUAUUUCGGCCCCAAAUUUACUUUGGAUAUCGAGACACAUAUUUAACGAAAAACAAAACUGCUUUCUUUCAAAGUAUUCACAAUGAUCAAAAUUUGGCUGUCAAACAUAGCAGAUAUCUAAAUGCUGGAAACCAAAACAGUGACAUAAAUCAAAGUUGGGUAACAAGGUUUCCAAAAUCUGUACAACCAUAUUUGGUGUUAUCUAGAAUGGAUCGUCCAAUAGGAUAUUGGUUAUUAUUCCUUCCUGGUGCAUGGAGUAUUUCAUUGGCUGCUUAUGCUAGCUCAAUGCCAAAUAUUCAAUUAUUAACAUUAUUUUUUGUUGGUGCAGUUUUAAUGAGAAAUGCAGGAUGUGUAAUUAAUGACAUGUGGGACUCUGAUCUCGAUAAAAAGGUAUUUUAACACAUUAAUGUGGUAGAAAUGGUAGCAUUCUACAAUAGUUGAUCUGAAAUAUAUAGAAAAAAAUUCCUGCAAGCUUCUACACUGUAAUUACACUGUAAAAGGAAAGUUUUCCCUCACUUGCUUCACUACUGCAAAGUCUUGCUUGACUACUGUAUUUGAAUUGUAAUUGUUGUUCACAGUUCACUUUUCAUCAUGUUAUUACUAAAAUUACUGUAUCUCAUUUUGCCUCUAAUAAUUUUUUGCUUUAUCAUGAAAAAUAGCACACCCCUGGCCAGGGCUAGGGGGUGCACCCCCCAGUAAAUCCAUCCCUGCGUGCACCACUCACACAAUUGCAAACCACUUGCAAAACUAUACCAAAAUUAUACCGGAUAUUGCCGACCAGGAAACCAAGAUCGGGAACCCCGCUAAAAGUACCGUGCGUAGCUGGCAUUGUUAAGGUUGGGGUUGAGGCGAAAAAUUAGGGGAACUUGCUCCACCCUAUCCCAGUUAAUAUGUUUUUAGUCCUGCGUUUUUCAUACAUAUGUAUACUGGCACGGAAAAGUUCAAUUUAGACCGUUCUAAAUUUUAUCUAGUUAAUAUUACAGGGAACACUAUUAAGUAUACUGAAGAAAGUUUCGGAUUGAUAUGGAUGCAACUACCUGAAAAAUAACUACAAGCGAAGGCCCUUUGUCAGGAAGUUUGUGGAGUUGAAAACAAAAGUUAGUGGAGUUUCAAAGGGCCUUCGCUCGAAACGUAGUUGCAUCCCUAUCAAUCCGAAGCUUUCUUAUUAUUGUAACUACCUACACUGGCACAGACUGUUCAAUGUUAUAACACUAAAUACUGUACUUUCAUUUGUUUGGUUAUUUCAUUCAAAAGUACAGUAGCAUGUAAAUGAGUUAAACCUUUCCGUACGUAACCAUCGUGCAUAAAGCCACCUUUGAGAUGCUUUUUAAAGGCCGGUUCAGAUUGACGUCCACUACAACUACCGCUACCUUCACGUACUCAGUUGUUAGUACACACCAGAUUGGUUAAACCAGGUGCACUCGAAAGGGGUACACAAAUGUAGUCCACGGACAAGGUCCACGAAGGUAGUCUGGGGUACGCGUUUUGUCGUUUCCUUUACCAUUAUAUGAAUCCAUUGCCAUUACUUUCAAACUUAUCCUGGAAAGCCUGCUCAUGACUCUUGAUAAACCAGUUGUCCCCACUUAUUAAUAAUAACUUGUGAUUUCAAAAAAAACAUCAGUCUGGAAAACAUCAUCUAGUCUAUUUAAUGUUGUUUUAUAAUAUUAUGUCAGGUUGCAAGAACAUCAACCAGACCCAUUGCAUCAGGUGAUAUCAAUCAUUUUCAAGCUUUAGUUUUCCUGGCCAGUCAAUUGAGUAUUUCACUGGGAAUAUUGCUGUCUCUAAAUCAAUACAGGUAACCAUGCUGGGUAUAGAAUGAUUGACUGAAUACUAAUAUAUAGUUUACUUAAUUCAUUGACAUCUAGUAAGGGCUAUUGACAAACAGAUUUUGUCCCACAAACCCAGACUUAAUUUUCCAAUGGGUGAAGAGGGAGGGGGGGGGGGGGCAUGGAUUUGUGAUAUGAUAUAUUACACAAAACUGGAGCCAAAGCUGACAUUGAUUUCAAAGCAAUCAGGGACAUGUCCACAGUUAUGAAAUCUAAUCUAAUUAAGCCUACAUGAUUCUGUGUUUUAUUUUAAGUAUCAUACUGGGCGCGUCAUCUCUUCUUCUGGUUGCAUCUUAUCCUCUGAUGAAACGGAUUACAUAUUGGCCUCAACUUGCAUUAGGUAAACAGUAUUACUGAUGGUAAUUGUUUAACAUGCAUACUCUUCACAUGUUUAGAAGUGUAAUGUUCUCACUAACAUAAAUCGUUGUUUAGGUUUAACAUUCAAUUGGGGUUGUCUUUUGGGAUGGUCAGCAGUUACAGGAUCUUUAGACUUGAGUGUAUGUUUACCACUGUAUGUAGCAGCAGUCAGUUGGACAAUUUUUUAUGACACUAUAUAUGCUUUUCAGGUAACUACUGUAUAAGUAUGGUGUUAUGGAUUGUUAUUGUUGUUAUGUUCUCCAUCACCGUCAGUUUUCAUUAAUUUGUUUUCUGUUGGUGAUUAAGGUAACAGGCAGUAUUAAGGUAACUGGUAUGUUCUGAGAUUGGCAUGAAUGAGAAUGGACAACAAUUGCUAGGACUGUGCUACCACCAUAGUCUGUGUGUUAGCAACACAUACUUUUAAAUACUAAAGAGCAAUCACGUACUGUACCCAGCGUCUUUCAUCUAUGCACCUACCGGAACUCCACGAAGUCUCCUGGAGACAUCCCUGGUCUCACCACUGGCAAUAGUUAGGCCUCAUCACUAGCGUCUAGCAUGUCAUUGUGGACCUCUGUACUCGCUGUUACCACAGUGCUGACUAUGACACAGAACCAGUUUCAUUUUGGCAGCAAAGUGAGACUAAUGCCUGAAAAGCUCACACAUGCACCACAGUCUCCACGCAUAAUUUAACACCUGCUCCAUAAACCAACUCGAGAGUUUAAAGACACUUUCAAAGACAGAAUAUAAUAUAAGUGAAAGCAAUGUUGGCACCAAUUGGUCCUAACUCUGUGACCACUCCUCAACAGACACAUUCACGACAAAGGAGCAAUAGAGUGCAGACUCAGUCUGGUAUAUUGCACACUGGCAGGUGCAGCCAAUUCUAACAUACAGCAGAGUCCCUGCUGCAGCACACUCGAUGCUCUCCGAGCUGCACAAAAGACCACGUGCCAAGCAGCCUGCUUGCCGACGUGGCUGAAUGCCUGAAUCUGUGCAGCAGGAUGCAAUCAACAACGGACAGCAGGUGAGCAGGGACGGUAGAGGAAUGUAUGAUUGUGCCAAAACAAAUAUUAAGGCUGGACUGCUUCAGGCCAAGUCUGGAGAGGUCAUCAAUGAUUAGAGUAAGCAGUUAGAACACUGGGUGGAACACUACCUAGAGCUGCAUGCAACUCAGACCAUGACGACUAUUGACUGAUACAAUCUGCCUACCAUGGAAGAGCUCAGCAAAGCUUUUGACUGCUUCAUUUGCGGGAACGUUCCUUGGAAUGAUGGCGUUCAGCCAAGAAAGAUGGAAUGCCAGAUUAUUGCAGCACCCACAUGAACUCCUGUGCCUACGUUGGAGAAACGCUACAUCCCACAAGGCAUGCAUACAUACAUGGUACCAACAUUGUUACCGUAUGCAAGACUAAGGGCUACUGCAGCAACUGCAAAAACUAUCGCGGCAUCUCCCACCUCAGCCUUUUUGGCAAAGCCUUUGUCUGCAUGUGUUAUAUAUCUUUGUUCUCCUGCCGAGCCUUGUUUUGCACAUCAGCCCAAACUGAAAGUGCAGAUCCAAAGUAGAUAUGAUCUCACUGCACCAGCUGCACGGUACAUGUCCUUCAUUGACGCGGCAAUGACCUUCGAGCUUUUCAGCAGAAGCUGUGCCUCCAACCUGCUCCGCGAGGGCAUGCCAUGUACAGUUUGCUUGAAUUAGCCUUUCUCACGCCGCCAUUUUUGGGGUACUUUUUUGCCAAUCCUGCGAGCGUAACACCACGUAACGGAGACAUUUUAUAAUUUUAUGGGUGUAUGAUGGUAAAUUUACUCUGUAAAUAGUUAGUUUGUUCUGAAAUAUUGCUUUUCACAUUGUUAUAAUCGUUUACAAAAAAUUACAGUACCCCAAAAAUGGCGGCGUGAGAAAGGCUAAUUGUGCAACUUAGAUGCCUUCACCUGUAAAUAGUGAAGUGAAACAAUGUUGCAAAGUUAGGAAUCGUCUAAUUCACCAUGCUCCUGCAAUGUCGUUACCAAUUGCACUGAGGGGGUCCAUCUCUACACCAGGAGCCAGUUGUAUAAAUCUUUUUAACCACUAUUUUGUAGUUAAACGCGAUUUUGAUUGGUUAACUUUCGCACGUUAACUUUAACUACCUUUGUAAUACAAUCGGCCCCACAGCUGAUGGAAAACUUUUCAACAUUGCUCAACUACGCCAUGAAACGAAGGUCAGGGACUCCUCCCUGUCAGGGAGGUUCUCAUAAGUUGCAGCGAUGAGUCAGCGGAUUGUCCCAUGCUUCAGCCUGCAAAGAUAAGGCCCCACUUGAAGUGAUCGACACUUUCACAUUCCAUGUCUACCAUCUCCUGCUUCCCUUUUCUGAAUGCAAAAAUGGGCACCAAGAUUGCCAGAGCCACAGUAGUAGCUGAACAGGCGAGUGUGGAGAAAUAGGCUCUGCCAAGUGUGCGUACGUACCAAUGCUGGCAAUGCAAGUUAUGGACAAUAUACGAUUUAUGCCUUUAACCUCCGCUAUUCUGUCCAUCCAGUGGCACGACAGAGCGACAACAGAUAUUUGUCAGCUUUCUGGCAUCUCUAGUUUGCUCAGCCAGAAAUGCCUCGAGUGGCUGAGCAAUGCGAGACGUACAACCAGCUGGUUGGCCAAAGGUUAGCUUCGAAAAUUAUCUGCAAACGACACAUGAAACGGGCGGACACCAACCCCAACACGUGCGAAGUCUAGUGUAAGGUCACCGUCAAGGGCAGAGUUCUAUGAGCAGGAACAACCAACUUGCUGAGGUCAGCCACUACCUGCAAGACACUGCCAUUCCAAAAUAGGACUCCACAGUCACUCUAGGAACCUAAUAUGUUGCACCAUCGUCUCCCGGGACCAACGGACUACAUCUCACUGGCUUAUUACCCGUCUCAUUGGUUAAGCCAGAUCUGAACCUCUAUUAUUCGGCGGGGUAUUCUAGAAUCGCUCCACCGACUUGCCAAAUCGCAAUGUGUAAACAUAACCUUAAAUGUUUACAAUGUAAGCCUAGCUUACAAUGUAAGCCUCCUUCAAAGACGCCAUUUUAAUCCAAACUCUCUUCCAAAGUUUAACGACACCAGUAUAUUGUUAGAAGUUUUACGCUCCAUACUGUAGUCUCUCUUAUGCACAUGAAUGUAGUAUUGAUUAGUGUUGAUAAAACUUGAGUUUUGGUUCACUGAAACGCUAUAAAGAAGCUAUUUUCAUUCUUUUUCUCAGGAUGUUGAGGACGACAGAUGGGUUGGUGUAAAAUCUACUGCAUUAUUAUUCGGAGAUAAUGCUAAGCUAUGUCUUACUGGUUUUGCUGCAGUUACGGUUGCUAACCUUAUUGCAGUAGGAAUAAAUACCUCACAAACUUGGCCUUAUUAUCUUGGAUUAAUGGCAGCAACUUCACAUCUCACAUGGCAGGUACUGAAAAUAUAACGAUAUAUAUAGAACAAUGCACAUUAAAUAUACUCAAUUACAAUAUACAUGUAGGCUCUUUGCAGUUAACCAAAAAUAGUUGAGAAUAAUGAGUGGCUGGAGAGCUGUGGCAUUUGUAAACAAAGGAGUAAAACGAAGCACAGCAUUUUUCUUGUCUUCCUGAAAUUGUUGUGCCAAGUAUUUUUAGGCCAGCUGCAUAAGGGCCUAUGGAGUUGUUCCCUCAUCCGUUUGGCAGAACUUUCCGAAAUGUUUAAUAAUUUAUAGGUUGCGACAGUUGACCUAUCUGAACCAAAAGACUGUCUCUCGAAGUUCAAAUCAAACAGAUGGCUUGGUAUUCUACUGUGGAUGUCAAUUGUCACGGGUACUCUGUGGAAAUCAGAGCAAGAAAAUACGGAAACCUGCAAGGAUUGUGCCACAACAACCUAAUAAAUAUUAUAAACACAUGGAUGAACUGAAGACAAAGCAAACCGACGUUCGAAAAGAUUAAUUUUAAAACCACUGUGAGAUCGUUCUCGUAAACCAUUAGUGAAGACGUUUCUCACCGGUGAUUCUUCAAAUUCCAUGUUACUAAAGACUUACUUAGAUAGUGGAGGAAACACUACAUAUUAGGAAAUAUAUUUGAGAUUUUUAAUUAUUACAACUGCAAGACGCUGAAAUUACCAUGGUUUUAGGUAGACAUUUUGAGAACAUAUUCUAUAGACUAUACUGUAAUUCAUGGGUAGUAAAAUUAAAAGAUCACAAAUUUGUAAAUUGAGGAGACCAAAAGGGUCAUGCACGUCUACCAAUGAAUUUAAUUAUAUUUUCUAGCGUCAUUGUUAAUACAAGAAAAGAAGUUUGAGGCUCUUAUUUGCACCGUCGAAUCUCGCCCAUCUGUUCUUUCAGUAAACUAUGAACGCACGAAAAAAUAUUUUGAUCUAAAAUUUGUCAGAAAAUUAAAACUAUUUAUUCAGCUGGGGCCGGUUGUUCAAAGCCGGUUAGCUUAACCCCUAGGUUAACUUAAAAUUCAAAGCACACUUCCUA